CGCGUACACAAGCUGUCAUUCCGGGCGCUAAGUUCAUUGUGCGAAGGUGUAAGCGGGUCGCGUCCCACAAUUCCAGUUGCUUCUCUGCCCCAUUUCCUCUGCCAGUCGCGGCCGUGGCUUUGUAUUUUUCUUGUUUAUCUAAUUCGCGAUUUCCCUUCGCCCAAGUGAUUGUGAUAUUUCCGGCUGAUCUCGCGUGGCACAAGUUCUGACCGAAAAACACCAGGCGCAGUCCCAUCGGUUUCCAGGUCGACAGGCGACCAAUGUGUUGUUCUGGUUGAACUCGCGACAACAGACGCGCGUAUGAUAUCUGGCGUGAAAACAUGAUUAGAAUCCGACUCGGGCCAUUCUCCAAUUUUACGUGAAAAAUGACCAACGGGCUAGCGAUGGGGAGCUACAUCGACGACUUGAACGAGGAGGACCUGGGCCUCACGGCGCCGGAACACAGCGAAGACAUGGAUAUUCCGCUACUCGGAACGAAUUCCGUCGAUGGACCCCUGUGUAGUCCACUGUGCCUCUACCACCAGCCUGGCUUUACCAAUAUUCAGAGCGACGAAGGAUCCAAAGAUGCAAAGCUAAAAAUAACAGUGGCAGCGACACUUUGUAUUAUUUUCAUGCUGGUGGAGUUUGUUGGAGGGUACCUAGCCGGAAGCCUAGCCAUAAUGACCGAUGCGGCCCACCUGAUGUCCGACUGCAUUAGCUUCAUAAUAGGUAUCCUAGCGAUUUGGAUAUCGAGUAGGCCGGCGGAUGGCAAAAUGUCCUUUGGAUAUAAGAGAAUAGAAGUUCUGGGUGCAAUUCUAUCGAUAUUGGUCAUUUGGAUUCUAACCAUGUUGCUAGUUUACCUGGCAAUAAAUCGCAUUAUAAAGAACGACUUCAGUAUUGACGCCGAUACAAUGAUGAUUGUCGCUGGUAUUGGCAUAGUGAUAAACAUUAUAAUGGGCUUCAUUUUACAUGGAUCAUUCGGCUUCCAUUCGCACGGUCAUUCUCAUGGCCAUUCGCAUUCCAGUCACAAUGUUUGCAAUUCGAAACACGGCGCUAAUAAAAGCAAUAAUCAUAAUUCACACUUGCCAGUACAGCACCAGGACGAGGAUAAUCAGAUUCCUACAUUUGUGGUUGUGAAUAACGCGUCAAAUAAUGCAAUCCGUCCACGACAGGGAUCAAUAGUUAGUAAAGAAAUGCAAAAGACCAAAACCAGUUCGUACACAUCGCUUAAUCAUAAUCAUAAUAAUAGUCAUAAUCAUAGUGAUGCUAACGCGCACAGGCUAUUCAUGGCCGAGACAAUUCUUCCGCCCGUGCAUGAUGGUUCGAACCAUGCCCACUUGCACGCUGACGAAAGUGCGAACACCUCAUCAUCGAGCAAUGCUAAUUUGAAUGUUCGUGCGGCUUUCAUCCACGUCGUAGGUGAUUUCAUUCAAAGUAUUGGCGUAUUUACCGCCGCUCUUGUUAUUAAAUUUUAUCCUAAUGGUAAGAUAGCCGAUCCCCUGUGUACAUUGUUGUUUUCUUUUAUUGUUAUCCUCACAACGGUUAAGAUCAUUAAGGAGUCAGUUUUCGUGAUUCUUGAUGCCGUACCCAAGUCAAUUUCCUUAGUAAAAUUAGAAGCGGAUUUAAGGAGUAUAGAAGGGGUCAGGUCAGUUCAUCAUCUGAACGUGUGGAGUCAAACAGUCGAUCACAAUCUUAUGAUGGGCCAUAUUAUUAUAGAUGAAUUCACCGAUAGCACUGCAGUACUUAAUAGCGCGUUAAGUUUAACUAAGACUAAAUACAACAUCAAGCAUAGCACCUUCCAAAUUGAGCGUUAUCAUUCGCAUGAUAAUUGAUUGUGGCUUGUCAACAACCCUCGGAAUGAUCAAUUAUUCACUGAAAGAAUGAACAAACAAAAAAGAAUAAGUAGAACGAAUGAAAAGAAUUAUUUUAAAAAAAGAUAUUAUAUUUUCUUUAGCACACUGUGCAUGUGUAUAUAUAUUUUUUAUAAUAUUAUAUUUUCUAUUUUCGGAAAAAUGAUAUUAUUUAAGUAAAACUGAUAUAAUAGAAAUGAUAUUGUGAUUUCAGACAAAUUAUGAAA